ACGACCCAAAUCACUAAACCAAACCAGUACCCCUCCCUCCUCUCCUCUAGUCCAUAACAAACAAGCGGUAAGCGAUAAGGGGACGGGAACGCGCUCCGUGGGUUGUACCUACCAACUUUCAACGUGACACUGUUUUGUCCGAGGCUGUCACGAACACAUCUCAUUCCUCUCGCUGGUGCGCACUCUGCUUGCAAAAACAAGACCGGGAAUUUUGACAACUUGUUGACGCUAAUGGGACAUGGCGAUGGACACGGCAUCAACGUCAACUGAGAUUGCAUGCAGGGGGGGCAUCGAGGCCCUGACGUUGAAGGUGGGCCCGGUGCGGAGGAACCUCUUCGGCCCCGUAGACCAUCAGCAGCUACGUCAGGACUUCCAGCGCCUCCUCCACAUGAGCGUGGAGGCGGCCAACAAGCGGUGGAACUACGAUUUCCGCAGCGACGCUCCAGGGCCGGGCUCCAACGUGCAGUGGGAGGAGCUUAAGUGCCAGGAUGUGCCGGGAUUUUACCGCAGCUGCACGGUGAGGCCGGUGGUGCAGCUCCGCGGUGCAAAGACCCCAAGGCGGUUGUCGACAUCAUCGGGCGAGGAGUCCCCCGCUUCCAGCAGCUCUUCUGGAUCUGGGGAUGAGUACCUGGAGGUGACCGCAAGGGGGUACUACAGGGUGCAAAAACGCAAACAGUCCACCAUCACAGAUUUCUUCAAGGUGAAGAGGAGGAGGCUUCUACAUUACAAGGCAAUGUCUCGCCAGUAGGAGCACCUCAUAUCCUAUGUACAUAUGUAGCAUCUGUCCACACAACUUUAUUAGCACGAGGGAGCUACCGCUUCCCUUUAUAAUACAAACAUACGGUUCUAAAUAUGAUAUAUAUGUAUAUAUAUAUAUAUAUAUAUAUUCUAUAUACUGUUUUCUUCAGCUUUUUUUUGGCUAUACUGUGAAAUUCUAUUAUGUGCACUCUUAACAGCCCAGGGCCGCGGAUAGUAUUUGUCAAAGUGGUGACCUCAGUCGUCACCCUUUUGUUAUGCUAAAAGUCAGAAGAGGUGACUAUUCUUGGCCUCGCGCCACACUUAAGUCUCACCCGCCCUACCUCUUACCCCGCUAAGAGCCAGGGGUCAAAACCUCACCCGGGGUCCAAAACUGGCAGCGUGCUAGUGAUUAGCUCCAGGUUAAAGGUCGACGGUGGAGGCUCAGCGAUGGCCGUACGUCAGUAAAGAAAAAAUCAUUCUGCUAGUGAUAAUUAUAAAUCUUAACUAUUUAUUAAGGAUGCUGGCGCGUCAAAAAAAAAAGAGGCAAGUAAUGUGUGCAAGAGAAAAGUGGGGAAAAAUGAUUCUGCCAUUCCCCGCCCCCAAGUGUGCAUGAUUAAAAAAAUUAUACGCGCAGCCGUUUAACUGCAAAUACGUGGCAUGCACUGGCAGGUAAUUGGUGUGUCAAUUAAACUUAAAUGUCGUGAAUAUUUGUAGUUAUUUAUUUUUUUUUAAAUGUCCCAUGUCCCACCAGUGGUACCCAUACCACAGUUUGCGAAUCGGUGCGUUAGACUAAAAGUCAUUAUGAACACUCCACCGUUGCCAGUCAGAAAUCUAUUUUAAACACAACGCAACUAUACUUCAUGUAUUAUUCGCAUUAAGGGGUUUUUGACAUCCUUUCCUUGUAUUUUGGCAGCAGAGCAGACAUAUCUUAUUGUUUUUUCCAGCUUUAUGCUUGUAAUAAUGUAGCAUUUUUCCUGUCCUUAAGUGACACGCAGCCCCCACAGGUCAUAGGAAGGGAAUGUUGUUGCUGAAGCGUUGCAGGCUCGUUAUCGCUCGCUUGGAAAAGUUGCAACUGACGCAGUUGAAACAAAGAGGAGACUCUUUGCACGAUAUGGACGGAAGUACUGGGACACCUGGGUGUUCCAAAAUACUUGUUCAGUUAUACUGGAGGGACCUACGGGGGCAAAAAAAAAAUCUUUUGAUUUAAAAAUGUAUUUUCUUUAUGUUUGGUGCGACUUUAUAUCCCUAAACUACACAAUUCAGAUUUUUAUGGGUUAAAAAGCUACAAUCUGGAUGAAUCCAUUGCUUCUACCUCAUCAAUUCAGUAAAAUACACAAAAUAUUAUUAAAAAAAAAAAGUAUUAAAAUGAUUGUAGCUCAGGUUGUUUGCAUUUAAAAUGAGUAGAGGGAGACUGGGGGAGUAAAGCAAGGGGUUGUUCCGGUAAAAGAGUCAGCGAGGGGCCAGGCUUAGUUCUGAGGGGCCCCUCACUGCUUUUGUUGUCUCACACACUCCGCCUUGGAGUUGCUUUGACAGGGAAGUGGGGGAGGGGACGCAACCUUGUGUCUAAUAUGAAAACUUCAUGGGGAAACACAUCAAACAGCAUGCAUUUUUUUAUUAUUAUUAUUAUUAUUAUCCACCCACCCUUUCAUUUUAGCCCCCCAGUCUCUCUUUCACAAGCCCACCGCCUCUGUCACUGCAAGAAUCGGCUUGAAACUCAUUUUUGUCACGGUUCUAAAAGGGUAUAUUUCAGCAAACACAAUUAUUAUUUUUAAAUGUUUUGUCUACUUGUCUAAAUCUGUGUGUGUUUGUGUGUGAGACAAAACAUUUCUGUUCAAGACAAAAAAAAGUCUAUAUUAACUUAUUUGGAUUUGUUUAUAUGAUUUGUUUGUUGGGAAGUAAUUCUAAAAUCCCUUUUGCUAUUACUAAUGGUCUGAGACUUCUAUCUUUGCACUACUUCAAUGUUGUUGACAAGAGGACUAUUUUUGUACGGUAAUCUUUUAAAAACUAAAAAUAUUCACAUCUGAGACAUGGAACAAGUCAGAACUUUCAUGCCAACUUUGCUCUUCUGUUUCAUCCGUCGCAGCUGUAUCAGUGUCUUUUCUUUGUAUUAUGCAUGAAUGUAUGAUAUGAAGCCUUGUAUCCAGUUUGUGAUAAUUCUACAGUAAUUUAAUCCUGGUUUGUGUAUCCUUGCAACGAGUGUAUGUAAACAGAAUCAUGUGUAUAGGAAGUGUGAAAGAGAUUUCAUUAAGUGUGCUCAAAAUAAAAUGUUAUUGAUUGAUAAUGAUAUAAAUCACA